UAUUCAAUUUCCAGAAGUCUCUAUACCAUUCACAGGGCCACAGGCGAAGCGCCUCUAAAACCCUAGAAACCCUGCGUGCUGUUACACUGAUCGGAGUCGGAGAUGGCAACAGCUGCGUUGAUCCGGAACUUUAGGCGGCGAGAGCUGUCGUCUCCUCUGAUUUCUCAUCUCAGAUCGUUUUCUGGAAUCACCAAGCCAACUUGGAUUAGUUCUCCUUCCAGCAGCAGAUGGGCAAGUUUUGCUAGACCAUUCAGCUCAAAGCCUGCUGGGAAUGAUGUAAUUGGGAUUGAUUUGGGAACGACCAACUCUUGUGUGGCUGUCAUGGAGGGCAAGAAUCCAAAAGUCAUUGAGAACUCUGAAGGAGCACGUACCACACCUUCAGUCGUCGCUUUCAAUCAAAAGGGCGAACUUCUUGUCGGAACUCCUGCAAAGCGACAGGCCGUGACCAAUCCGUUAAACACAGUUUUUGGAACCAAACGAUUGAUUGGCCGCCGUUUUGACGACCCUCAAACUCAGAAAGAGAUGAAGAUGGUUCCUUAUAAGAUUGUUAAAGCUCCCAAUGGCGAUGCUUGGGUCGAGGUUAAUGGACAACAGUAUUCCCCCAGUCAGAUUGGCGCCUUCAUUUUGACGAAGAUGAAAGAAACUGCCGAAGCUUACCUUGGAAAAUCAGUUUCAAAGGCCGUGAUAACUGUUCCCGCUUAUUUCAAUGAUGCUCAGCGGCAGGCGACGAAGGAUGCCGGGAGAAUCGCCGGCCUUGAUGUCCAGAGGAUCAUCAAUGAACCAACUGCUGCUGCUCUUUCUUAUGGGAUGAAUAACAAGGAGGGUCUCAUUGCCGUUUUUGAUCUCGGAGGUGGAACUUUCGAUAUUUCUAUAUUAGAAAUUUCAAAUGGCGUGUUUGAGGUUAAGGCUACAAAUGGCGACACCUUUUUAGGAGGAGAAGAUUUUGAUAAUGCAUUGUUAGAGUUCUUGGUUAGCGAGUUCAAGAGAACGGAGGGGAUUGAUCUCGCACAGGACAGGUUAGCCUUACAAAGGCUUCGUGAAGCUGCUGAGAAGGCCAAGAUUGAACUUUCUUCAACGUCGCAGACUGACAUUAACCUCCCCUUCAUAACAGCUGAUGCAUCAGGAGCGAAGCAUCUUAAUAUUACUCUGACAAGAUCUAAAUUUGAGUCCUUGGUCAAUAGUUUGAUAGAGAGGACUAGAAAUCCAUGUAAAAGCUGUUUGAAGGAUGCAGGAAUAGCUUCUAAAGAUGUAGAUGAGGUUCUUCUCGUGGGAGGUAUGACUCGAGUGCCUAAAAUCCAGGAAAUAGUUCAGGAGAUCUUUGGGAAGGUACCAAGCAAAGGUGUAAAUCCUGAUGAAGCUGUUGCAUUGGGAGCCGCCAUUCAAGGUGGGAUUCUCAGAGGAGAUGUGAAGGAAUUACUUCUCUUGGAUGUGACUCCGUUAUCUCUUGGAAUUGAGACUCUUGGUGGUAUUUUUACCAGAUUGAUCAACAGGAACACUACCAUUCCUACAAAGAAGAGUCAGGUGUUCUCCACUGCAGCUGACAAUCAGACCCAGGUAGGUGUCCGUGUCCUCCAGGGCGAGCGUGAGAUGGCUUCCGACAACAAACUCCUUGGCGAAUUCGAGCUUGUUGGCAUUCCUCCAGCACCGCGAGGCUUGCCCCAGAUCGAGGUGACGUUCGACAUCGAUGCAAAUGGAAUUGUAACCGUCUCAGCCAAAGAUAAGGCGACCGGAAAGGAGCAGCAGAUCACCAUUCGGUCCUCCGGCGGCCUUUCGGAAGACGAGAUUGAGAAGAUGGUUAAGGAGGCCGAGUUGCACUCACAGAAAGAUAAGGAGCGAAAAUCCCUCAUCGACCUCAGGAACAGCGCCGACACGACUAUUUACAGCAUCGAGAAGAGUCUGAGCGAGUACAGGGAUAAGAUCCCGGCCGAGGUUGCAUCAGAGAUCGAGUCAUCCGUGUCUGAGCUUCGUCAGGCGAUCGCCGGUGAUGAUAUCGAUCACAUCAAAGCAAAGCUCGAUGCCGCCAACAAGGCGGUUUCGAAGAUCGGACAGCACAUGUCCGGAGGAGCAGCCAGUGGUUCUCAGGGUGGUGGUGAUCAACAACCUCCAGAGGCAGAAUACGAGGAGGUGAAAAAGUAAGGUUUUUAAGGGUGGAUCCAAGUUUUAAUUCUCUCUUUUUUUUUUCCCCGCGUAAUUAAUUUCAUAGCACUUAACUGUUUUGCUUAGAAUGUUAGAUCCAAUAUUUGUGCAAUUUGCUUAAUUAUCCUUUGCAGUUGGCAAAUGUUCAUAUAAACUUGUUGUGGUUGCUGCCUUAGCACGGCAUUUUAUGACUCUCAUCUGAGUUUUUAUUUUAUUUAUAUAUGUGUAACACUGCUUUGGAUAUGGCUCCUGCUAAAUAAUCCAUGUCCCCUUCUAUAUGCAAA